GUGGAGAUCCCGUCGAAAGUUCGAAAGAGUCGAUCUGUUCUAUAAUAUUUCGGUUGAUACGACAGUUCUCCCAUCGCCUGGUUGCAGAAUCCCAGAAUGCUUUCGCUUGUAGCCUACGAUGCGAGUUCGGACUCAGAUCCAGAGGAAGGGCUGGUGACCCCCGAAGCCCGGAAAACCUUGGCGGCAUCCGUCAACGCCACCCCUGCAGUGGACUCCAAGGCCUCUGUGAAUCAGAUCGUGCCCAUUGACACGAAGAAUCAAGUUCUCAUGUACAACCCUCGCUACGAAGAUCUGUAUGCCCCAGAUGUCGGACCUGUGAACCCGUUCAAGACAGCGAGUCAACUCGUAAAGAAAAACACCCUCGCAGGAUUUGCUGAGCCCGCGCACGUGAAUGCCUAUCAUUUCGAAGCGGAGCGUCGGAGUUUUCAUCAUCUAGGGUUCGGGCAUGAUCCCACGGAAAAUGCAGAUCCCGAUAAAGUUAUUGGAGUGAACGCGACCGGUGCUCAACAAGAAGAUUCGAGUUCCGCGGAGAAGAAGAGCAAAAAGUCGAAACGUUUGAAGAAUGACAACGCGGACGACAUCGAAGGUUUCCAAGGACCCUGGGCGCCUCUGGCCGACGAAAAACGAAAUGUCAAACCCUCGGCGGAAGAGCAGGAGGAACUCAAUGAGAUCUUGGCGAAGAGACAGAAGCGCUCGAAAGCCACCGACGAAGAGAGCUCUGUCGAUGAGAAAACUACACUCCACAUCGAGAACACUCACGACUACCAGGGCAGGAGUUUCCUGGUGGCUCCGACUCAUCUGGACGGCAUAAAACUGCGCGCUCCGGAGAAGUGUUUCCUGCCGAAGAAGAUGCUGCACCAAUGGGCCGGUCACAACAAGGGUGUCGCCUGUAUAAAACUAUUUCCCAAAUCUGGCCAUCUCCUGCUAUCCGGUGGAAUGGACUGCAAAGUCAAGCUGUGGAGAUUCUAUGACGACAGAGCCCUCAUCAGAUCGUAUACCGGCCACAAACAAGCUGUUCGGGACUGCGAUUUCAGUUACGAUGGCUCUGUGUUCCUCAGCACGGGUUACGAUCGUUACGUGAAGCUCUGGGACACGGAAACCGGACAAUGCCGGGAGCGAUUCUCAAACAGAAAGGUCGCCUAUUGCGUGAAGUUCAAACCGGAUAGCCAGGAUCAGUUUCUCGUCGGGACAUCGGACAAGAAAAUUCUCUGUUGGGAUGUACGCUCGAACAGCAUCGUACAGGAGUACGAUCGGCAUUUGGGGGCUGUGAACAGCAUCACUUUCGUGGAAGACGAUCAGAAGUUCGUGACUACCUCGGACGACAAAAGUUUACGGGUUUGGGAGUGGGAUAUACCCGUCGAUAUCAAGUAUCUCGCCGAUCCAUCUAUGCACUCGAUGCCCGCUGUAGCUCUCUCCCCAAACAGGAAGUGGCUCGCGUGUCAAUCUAUGGACAACAAGAUCGUUGUAUUCUCGGCCUCGAAUCGAUUCAAGGUGAAUCGGAAAAAAGAGUUCAAGGGACACAUGGUGGCAGGUUAUGCCUGUGGCCUGGACUUCUCGCCCGACCACUCUUAUGUGGUCAGCGGAGAUGCGGACGGAAACAUGGCCUUCUUCGACUGGAAGUCCACUCGGAUGUUGUGUAAACUGAAAGCUCAUGAGAAUGUCUGCAUCGAUGUCUUAUGGCAUCCCAUGGAGACAUCAAAAAUCAUCACGGCUGGAUGGGACGGCUGCAUCAAGCUCUGGGACUAGGGCACCGAUUGUAAAUUCUAU